AUGGUGCCUGGUUUUAUUCUCGGUUGUUCUCCAAUGGAAUCGCUUCUUCGAUCUACACUCAUGUGUCUCUAUAAUGAGACAUGCCUUAAUUUGAUCAAUAUUCAGAAUUUAUCAUUCAUUCAUCCACUUGAUGCUUCAUUACCUAGUCGAUUUAUGUUGAAUAGUACAGUUGAAGAUUUGACUGCAAAUGUAUUUGUGGAACAAUGGUUAUACAACAUAUCUUAUUCAGCAUUUUACUCUAAAUGUCAACCAUCGAUAUGCACAUAUUCGGUGUCUAAACGAAAAGAUCUUCUUGAAGUAAUUACAAUCGUAUUGGGACUUCACGGUGGACUGACAUUAAUUCUUCGCUUUAUUGCUCCUUUACUUAUAUCCGCUGCUGAUCUAAUAUCUGCUUUAGUUUGGCGACGUAACAAUAAUGUAGUUCCAUUUACUUAA